UAGAUGUGUAUCUAUCUAUCUAUUAUGUGUAACAUGUUUCAUGGCAAUAUUGGCAUAGCACCAGCCAUGACCUAGCUAUACUGUUCUCUUUUUAAUUACCCAAUUUAGGAAAAUAUCAGUCGGAUUACCUUGUUGAUUGGUUAAUUAAAAUUCGUGGCUUGGUUAAUUGUGCUAGUUUAUUGGUUAAUUGAAUUGUUUUCUUGUAGAGAUUUCGUGUGCCAUUGAUUGUAAAUUCAGUGUCUCGUAUUUUGGGGUUGUCGAUAGUCUCUCUCUCCCUUUAUUUAAGUUUACCCAAUUUUAUUAUAAAGCUUACUCCUUUUCUUCUGAAUUUGAAGUUGGACAGUUUUGAGAGUUUCACCAUUGCUUUGACUCAUGAGGGAUUUAGGGUUUUAAAUUUGUGGGCUGGUUUCCAGUUUGUGGGAACUGGGGAGUACUAAUUGGGUAUGAAAUUAUGAAUUGACUUAUUUUAUUUUACCAGGAAUUGUUGUCAUUCAUUCUACAGUUUGCAACUUGGCAUGCAUUUCUCCAAAUUGACCUAAUAAAAGAACGAUUAUUUUAAGUUUAGCAGGCAACAUAUUGAGGAGUUCUCUUGUAUCAAUUUUAAAGAUUCAGGUUGUAAAAUUAAUUACUUUUGUUUUUUUUAUUCUCUGUUUUUUCUGUUUCUACGUCUCCAUCCGGCUUUAAUGGGUGCAUUGGAAACAGGCGAGCUACAUGCAUGUGUACAUAUGUGGAUGUGUUGGUUUUAUCUUUGAUAUCUUUGAUUGUAAUGAGCUGCAGUAGCGCUAGUAAUGGCUCAGUGACAUCUUUGGCAAGUGUAUCUCCACAUUGAAUUCCAAUCUAUUUAUAAGCUAGUAUUUCUGAAUGGAGUUAGUUCUGAACUAAUCAUUGUAAAAAUUCCUGAUAAUCCUAGAAUUUCCUUCUGAGUGGGCAUGGGCAGGCUGUUCUGGAUUACCAACUCAACCCUCAUAACAUGUCAACCACAAAUUUGUGUUCUGAAAAAAAAAUUAAGCAAAAACAUAUUGAUUGCGCUUCUUAUGAAAUUUAGUGUAAGCAUUGAGUCAAUACAUUUCCUUUCUGGACUAAAUGGCAAAACUAGUAUCAGGAGUGCUCUUAGAAACCAGAAUUUCCGAAUGACAAUUAAUUAAUGCUUAAGAAUGGAAUGAGUUUUGAAAGCCAGCAAGAGCUGUUAAUAUCCUGAUCCUCUUAUGCAAAAGGAACUUCAGCCAUCAUAUAUAUUUUCAGGUUAUAACUUUCAUCACGGGGUCUCCUUUAUAGGUUAAAUGUAUAUGAGUGCUGUAAAAGUUAAAGACUCCAUUCCAGCUAUGGUGAAAGUGAUGCUGUAAAACUAUUGAAAGAGUUUAAUUACAUGCUAUGUAGUCAAACCUGGUACAAACAGUCUAGCAUCAGCGUAGAACUACUAAAAUUGCAUUCUUUUGGCUGAUUACAUAUUUCAUUUUCUCAGGUGCUGUGUCUUAUGUUAAUUUAACCUACUGCUUACUGCCACUUUCAGUUUUACUCUUGGCUGUGGCGGGGCAGGCUCAUUUUCGAAGAUUAUGGUGCACAAUAGCGGCAGGACUUUAUUUUAGUGUUCAAAUAUGGAAGUGCUUCCUUGUGCUCCUCAUGUUGGAGAGUCAGAUUGCCCUAAACCUGAACAAGGAACAGCUUUUAAGGAUGAUGGAAAAUCUGGCUGCCUUCAAGGUUCAGAUUUUGUUAGAACAGAUCUCAAAUUUGAUGACUUAACUCUUACUGUUGGAGAAUCUCAUGAAGUAAGAGAAGAUGGAGAUGAUUUUGCUGAACCUUGCCAUGUAUUAGAAAAUUCUCACCAAAUCUCGAAUACAAUUGGAGGCGGAUUGUCAAGUAACCACCAGGAGGGUUCACCUCAUUUGGAAAUCAAAGGCCUAGAUGAGCCCCAAGCAGUUUGGGUAAAGUGGAGAGGACAGUGGCAGUCAGGGAUUAGAUGUGCAAGGGCUGACUGGCCAUUAUCAACUUUAAAAGCAAAGCCAACUCACGACAGGAAACAAUAUCUUGUGAUAUUCUUUCCUCACACCAGAAAUUAUUCUUGGGCAGAUGUACAACUAGUUCGUCCAAUCGACGAAUUUCCCGAUCCCAUUGCUUACAAGACGCACCAAGUUGGUAUAAAGAUGGUUAAAGAUUUGACAGUUGCGCGUCGUUUUAUCAUGCAGAAGUUGGCUGUGGGGAUGCUAAAUAUUCUUGACCAAUUAAAUCGCGAGGCUUUGAUAGAGAGUGCUCGUGAUGUGAUGGUCUUGAAGGAUUUUGCCAUGGAGGCCUCACACUGUAAAGAUUAUUCAGACCUUGGAAAGAUGCUUUUGAAACUUCAGAAUAUGAUACUGACGCGUUGCAUUACUUCAGAUUGGCUACUCAAGUCUUUGGAGUCUUGGAAACAACGAUGUCAUGAUGCAAAUAGUGCAGAAUGCAUAGAAAUGCUAAAAGAGGAAUUGUCCAACUCCAUCUUAUGGAAUGAAGUAAAUUUACAAUCAAGUGAAGCAGCACAGUUGGAUGGGGGAUCUGACUGGAAGAGCCGGAAAUCUGAGUUUAUGAAAUGGUUUUCAGUUUCACAUCCUAUAUCUACAGACGUGGCUUUGGAACAACCUGUUAGUGAUAGCCCAUUGACCAUGGAACUUCAGACGCCAAAGAAAAGGCCCAAGCUUGAGGUUCGUCGUGCUGAUACGCAUGUGUCUGGUACGUCAGGUACACAUCAAUCUGUUCUUGUUGAGACUGAUGCCUCCUUUUUUAAUGGGUACAUGAAUUCGGCAUUGCUGGAUGCUGAAACUUUAAAAAGAAACAGUCCCGUUGAGGUUGCUGACCUAGCAGGAUCUACUAGUUGUGCAGCUAAUAGUUGGAAUGAUAUAGUAGUUGAGGCUGGAAAUGUGGCUGUUACUAAGACUGCUAAAGAGGUGGACCUGACUCCUUCCAGUGUUAUUACUCAUAAGUUCUCAGAAUCAGGAAAUCAUAAUCGACAAUGCAUGGCUUUCAUUGAAGCUAAAGGAAGACAAUGUGUGAGGUAUGCCAGUGAGGGAAAUGUAUACUGUUGUGUGCAUCUUUCCUCUCGUUUCAUUGGAAGUUCUGCUAAAGCCGAAGUAACACCUCCCACCGACUCACCAAUGUGUGGAGGUACCACAGUGCUCGGAACUAAAUGCAAGCACAGAGCUCUAAUUGGUUCUUCAUUCUGCAAGAAACACAGGCCGCAUGAUGGAAAAAACAUUUCAUCUCCUGUUAAUAAACUAAAAAGAAAAUUUGAAGAAAAUCUUAUGUAUCCAGAGGGUACAGGUCCUAUUAAAUUGGUUCUUUCCAGAGAAGAUGCAAAUCCUGCCCAUCUAGAUCCACUGUUGUUGGAUAGGGGAAAAGACCACCCUCAAGAAAGCAGUGUCAGUGAGAAGACCGAGCAGCCUCAACAAAGUUCGCCUAGUGAUGAAACAUUGCAAUGCAUAGGUUCAUGGCCCCAGGUUGGUGAACCCUGUCUCGAGAGUCCCAAAAGGCACUCCCUAUACUGCGAUCAACAUAUACCAAGCUGGCUUAAACGGGCAAGAAAUGGAAAGAGUAGGAUAGUUUCCAAGGAGGUGUUCAUGGAGCUUCUGAAAAAUUGUCAGUCAAGGGAGCGAAAAUUGCAAUUACACCAGGCAUGUGAAAUUUUCUACAGGCUUUUAAAAAGCAUAUUAUCUUUGAGAAAUCCAGUACCUAAGGAAGUACAAUUUCAAUGGGCUAUUGCUGAAGCUUCGAAAGACACCAGAGUAGGGGAAUUUUUAAUGAAAUUGGUCUUCAGUGAAAAGGAGAGGUUAAAGAAGCUAUGGGAUUUUGGAGAUGGUCAAAGCUUGCAAGCUUCAUUAACCAUUGAAGAUUUGGUGCCGGUUCAGGUGCAGAGGCUUAAAGAUAGUUGUGAAGAAACUGUGAUUAAGUGCAAAAUAUGCUCAGAGGAACUUACUGAUGACCAAGCACUUGGAAAGCACUGGAUCGAGAGCCACAAGAAAGAAGCUCAAUGGCUAUUUAGAGGCUACGUGUGUGCAAUUUGCCUGGAUUCUUUUACUAACAGAAAGAUUUUGGAAACUCAUGUGCAAGAGAGGCAUCAUGUGCAGUUUGUGGAGCAGUGCAUGCUUUUGCAGUGUAUUCCGUGUGGCAGUCAUGUUGGGAAUCCAGAUGAGUUAUGGUCGCAUGUGCUCUCAGUUCAUUCCUCCAAUUUACGUUUGUCUAGUACCUCUCAACAGCAGGAUACCAGUUCAUUGCACAAAAUAGAGGCAAACAAGUUGGGUUCCGUAGAACAUGCAAAGUUUGACAAUCAGUCAGUUAAUCGGAGAUUCAUUUGCAGGUUUUGUGGCUUGAAAUUUGAUUUGUUACCUGAUCUUGGUCGCCAUCAUCAAGCUGCUCAUAUGGGAGAGCAAACCUCCAGCGGUCCCCGUUUGAAAAAGAAGGGUAUUCAAUUUUAUGCCCAGAAGCUGAAAUCAGGCAGACUGACUCGUCAUGGAUUUAAAAAGGCUUUGACUUCAGCAUCAUAUAAAAUUAGGAAUAGGAGUGUGCAAAAUUUGAAGAAGCGUAUCCAGGCGUCGAGUUCUAUUGUCCCAACUGAGAUCAUAGUGCAACCUUCUGUACCGGAUGCUGCUACUCUUGGUAGAUUGGCAGAUUCUCAGUGCUCAGCUGUUGCUAAGUUACUAAUAUCUGAAAUAAAAAAGACAAAACUGCGGCCCAAUAAUUCAGAAAUUCUGUCAAUUGCCAGCUCAGCUUGUUGUAAGGUUAGUUUGCAAGCUUCAUUAGAGGAAAAAUAUGGAGUCCUGCCUGAAAGGCUGUACCUUAAAGCUGCCAAACUAUGCAGCGAUCAUAACAUUAUAGUUGAAUGGCACCGAGAUGAUUUUAUUUGUUCUAAAGGGUGCUUGCAAAGUGUGAAGUUUCUGUUUUUGUCUCCGCUGGUGCCAUCAUCAGACAAUUCUUUCAAGACUAGAUGUUCUCCCGUACCUAACCUUUUGAGUUCAGAAUGGACAUUGGAUGAAUGUCAUUGUGUUAUUGAUUCCCAGCACUUUUCCAUGGAUCUAUCCGAGAAAAAUGUUAUUUUAUGUGAUGACAUAAGUUUUGGACAAGAACCCAUGCCGAUAGCUUGUGUGGUGGAUGAAAAUAUUUUGAAUGCUGAGGGACCUGAUGGGCAAAGUACAGAGUACUCCUUUCCUUGGGAAAGCUUUACUUAUGUUAGAAAGCCAUUGCUUGAUGAAUCCCUUGUUCUUGAAUCAGAGAGUUUGCAAUUGGGGUGUGCUUGUGCUCAUUCAACAUGUUCUUCUGAAACAUGCGAUCACGUGUAUCUUUUUGACAAUGAUUAUGAAGAUGCAAAAGAUAUCUGCGGAAAGCCUAUGCACGGAAGGUUUCCAUAUGAUGAGAGAGGUUGCAUUAUAUUGGAGGAGGGUUAUCUUGUUUACGAGUGCAAUCAGAGGUGCAGUUGCAGCAGAGCUUGCCGGAAUAGGGUUUUGCAAAAUGGAGUGCAAGUGAGGUUGGAAAUAUUUAAAACAGAGAGAAAGGGUUGGGCAGUAAGGGCUAGGCAAGCAAUUCCUUGUGGUUCAUUUGUCUGCGAGUACAUUGGUGAGGUUAUAGAUGAAAAUGAAGCAAAUGAGAGACGCAGCAGGUAUAGUACAGAAGGUUGUGGAUAUUUUUAUGAGAUUGAUGCUCGCAUCGAUGACAUGAGCAGAUUAAUGGAAGGGCAGGUCUCUUAUGUGAUUGAUGCCACAAAUUAUGGAAAUGUUUCUCGUUACAUUAACCACAGCUGUUCGCCCAAUCUCGUGAAUCAUCAAGUUCUGAUAGAAAGUAUGGACAGUAAGCUGGCACAUAUCGGACUCUAUGCCAGCCGUGAUAUUGCUUUGGGUGAGGAAUUGACUUAUGAUUUCCGAUACAAGCUGUUGGCUGGAGAAGGAUGCCGUUGUGAAUGUGGGGCUUCGAAUUGCAGGGGAAGGCUUUAUUAAUGUGUUAAGAGGGUGAGAAGAUGGUUCAGUGAUGGAUUGAAGCUUAUGCAAUCUAACGUAGCUUAUAGUUAGUGCCAUGAAUUCAAUGUAUUAUUUUCAGUUUGAUUUUUGCAUAAUGCAGAUGCUUCUAUUUCCUCUAAUUUAGCCCUGAUUCAUAUGUAUCUUCAAAUCUUGUUAAACAAGGCCAUAAUUUGCCAUUUAGAUGUU